CACCACGUCCUCCGCACCUCUAUACCUAUCUACACUCAACGGUAGAACCACACCUGCAACUCAAAACAAGAAUUUGUAUCAAGUGUCCAGAGAAACGCUGCAGUUUUAAUGGAGAAUAUUUGAAGAACAUUAAGUAGUAGGAAGAUGUCUACGCAGUAUCAUUGGAAAUUAUCAAGACAAUUAAAAGAUUAUCUGAGUAAAUCUGGCUUUAGGGGGUCUUUAAUAUUUGAAUAUUCAAAGACUUCAAUUCCCAAUAUUAGUUUGGAUAAAUGCAAGCAGAAGGAAGAUGAGAUUAAAUCUUAUACUACAAGUCACAGUAUAUCAAAGGUACAAUGUACUCUUAAAACCGACUACCAUGAACUGACGAAGCAGAGUAAAUUUAGAAGAACACCUAAUUUAAGAUAUAAUCUGAAAGAAACUUCAUCUUCUUUUUUGAAAAUAUUUAUGAAUUUAAUUCCAAAAUUGAAUGUGAAUAAUAAAAUAUUGCCUGCAACGCCAAAAUGGAAGUCAAAUAUAUCUGUUGAUGUGUCAAAGCAUAGCAUUGUAUCACGAAUGCAACAUAUUUUGAACAGCAUAUACACAGCAGAAUCGAACGCAUCUAAAUUGCGCAGAAUCGAUGAGUUAUUGAAUCAUAUGGAACAAUAUCCAGAAGCUAGACAUUAUGCUAUUAAAGGGAAGGCAAUUACAAUUUUACUUAAAGUGCGUGAAAAGAUUAAAGAUGAACAAGUUAGAGGAUCAAUCAGAGAAACAUUAGCCAUUCUGGGUUACGUUGAUCCUUUGCCUGGUAAAGGUAUCAGAAUUUUGUCAAUCGACGGCGGUGGUGUACGAGGAGUACUGGUCAUUGAAAUGUUGAAGAAAUUUGAAGAAAUUACCGGAAAAAGAAUUUAUGAACUAUUUGAUUAUAUUUGUGGUGUAAGCACCGGGUCCAUACUUGCAGCGGUUUUAG